GAAAACCCUGCCUGCUCCAAUGAUGUCCAGAUGUGACUACAGUGUAUGGGGCAUACUAAAGAAAUGCAUUGGCAUGGUGAGGAUGUAGAUGUAAUAACACGUUUAAGAUGUCUGCAACACUUCUAUGCCCUAAAAACCAUUUGCUAUACAGACGCACAAACAGAAAUCAUAACAAUGAUACAAAUUGGAUGACGUUCUGUUUUAGCCACAUCUUACAGAGGAGUUCAUAUAAGCGCUUUAGGCUACAUGUACUAAACAAGCUAAUAUCUAUGAAUCGCUCUUUUUUUGGGGGGUCCUUUGCUGCAUUUACACAGGAGCUGUCCAAAAUAACGAUGCCCAUCAUGUUCAACGAGCCCCUGAGUUUCCUCCAGAGAAUGUCAGAGUACAUGGAACACACUCACCUCAUCCACAAAGCCUGCAUCCUGUCAACUCCA